UUUUUCCCCCCUGAAUUUUUAAAUUUGUUAUUUCCCAGUAUGGGUUUGCCGCAUUCUACGCAAAUAGCUAUGUCAAAAGUGGUAUGUAAUGCAAUUUGAAUAUCUAAAUUUGAGCCACAUUCUACUUUUCUAGGAAUCUGACAAAGGGCUCAGAAAGAGUUGUUUUAGAAAGUAAAUAACUUCUUCCCCAUCUCUCCUCCCACCCCCCACCCCCUACCUGCAGGCCAGUUUUCUUUUGUGUGUAUGUUUAGAGGGGAGCUUAGGGGAUAAAAUCUGGUUUGCUUAAAAUUAGGGUGUCACUGGAAGUCAGUUUCCAGAUCAGAAACAAAGCUAAGGUACCCAACAUCCAAUAGGAUUUAUUUCCUCCUAAGUUUGCUAGGAUGGUUAUGCAGAUCUAUCAGAUAACAGGGAAAAAAAUUCAGCAACCUCACCAAGACUCUUCUAUCCCUACAAGACUACAUUGGAAAGCCUGAAAAGGAACGGAGGGACACCAAUCAUUCUUUCCUUCUCUCCCAUUUCUGCUCCACUUCUAUAAAGCCCAGGUGCUGGUGUGGAUGAGGAAAUCGCUGCCCAGAGAUGCUGAGUCACCUGCCUAAGGCCCCAGAGCUCGGGGUGGUGGAAUGAGGAUUCCUGACUCCAAAGCUCUCAACCGGUCCUCAGGAGCUCAGGCCUGGUGGUCCCUGAAGAAGUUGUGCCAUCACGUCCCACCUGAGGCUGGAGAAGAGCCCUGCUGGGGGCUUGGCCGACUGGACAGCAGGCAGCAUGUGCUUCCAGAACUCAGAGUGGCUGUUCUCAAAUCAACACAUUCUCCGGGUGCACUACCCCGAAUUCGGAGUGUCGGAAGACUGCCUGUACCUUAACAUCUAUGCACCAGCCCGUGCCGACACCGGCUCCAAGUUCCCGGUCAUGGUGUGGCUUCCGGGGGGUGCCUUCCAGACUGGCUCAGCCUCCAUCUUCGAUGGGUCCGCCCUCGCUGCCUACGAGGAUGUGCUGGUUGUGACUACCCAGUACCGGCUAGGAAUGUUUGGCUUCUUCAACACAGGGGACAAGCACGCGCCGGGGAACUGGGCCUUCAUGGACCAGCUGGCCGCCCUGACCUGGGUCCAGGAGAACAUCGAGUUCUUUGGUGGGGACCCACGCUCCGUGACCAUCUUCGGCGAGUCGGCGGGAGCCAUAAGUGUGUCCAGCCUUAUCCUGUCCCCGCUGGCCCAGGACUUAUUCCACAAAGCCAUCAUGGAGAGCGGGGUGGCCAUCCUCCCCUACCUGAAGGCCCCGGAGGAAAAGCGGAAUGAGGAUUUGCAGAUGAUUGCAAAUAUCUGCGGCUGCAGAGCGGACAACUCCGAGGCCCUGCUGCGGUGCCUGAGGGCAAAGUCCUCCCAGGAGCUGCUGGGCAUCGGCCAGGUCGCCAAGUCUUUCACGAGAAUGGUUGAUGGUUUUUUCUUUCCUGACGAGCCUCUAGAACUGCUGAUUAAAAAAACGUUCCGCUCAGUUCCUUCUAUCAUCGGGGUCAAUAACCACGAGUGUGGCUUCCUGCUGCCCAUGAAGGAGUUUCCUGAGAUCCUCAGGGGCUCCAACAAGUCCCUCGCCCUGCAGCUGCUGCACACAAUCCUGCACAUCCCCAGCCAGCAUUUACACUUCGUGGCGGAUGAGUAUUUCCACGGCGAGCAGUCCAUUUUUGAAAUACGAAAUAAUUUCCUGGACUUGCUUGGAGAUGUGUUCUUUGUGGUCCCUGGGCUGAUCACGGCUCGAUGUCACAGAGACGCGGGUGCACCUGUGUACUUCUAUGAGUUUCAGCACCGGCCUCACUGCUUCAAGGACAGCAAGCCGGCUUUCGUCAAGGCCGACCACACGGAUGAAAUCCGCUUUGUUUUCGGAGGUGCCUUCCUGAAGGGGGAUGUCGUCAUGUUUGAAGGAGCCACCGAGGAGGAGAAGUUGCUGAGCAGGAAGAUGAUGAGAUACUGGGCCAACUUUGCUCGGACGGGGAACCCUAACGGAGCUGGCCUGCCUCGGUGGCCGGCUUAUGAUCAGAAGGAGCAGUACCUGCAGCUGGAUUUGAACCUGAGUGUGGGGCAGGGAUUGAGAGCGCAGAAGGUGGAGUUUUGGAUGGAAACCCUCCCUUUGAUCAUGGCCACUUCUGGGGGGGCCCAACUGGGUCCUCUUUUCUCCUUCAUCUUCCUUUCUCUGCUUCUGCCUUUCUUUUCCUCUUUUUCUCACGGAGGGGGUAUCUCUGUGUGAAUUUGAUUUUCCUCCUCCUGCUUCAGUGUCUCCCGCUAUCGUUGGCUUCUUUCUGUUGUUCAGCUACUUUACGGAAUCAGCUGCUUCCGCUGAUCCUUAGGGAAUUCUUUGCAACAUCAAAAAAAGUGCAAUUUGCCUCGAAGGCUACCAGAUCUCUUCAAUACAUCUGCAGGGGGGCUGGCUUCUUAGUUGGCAUAAUAAUGAUCGUGUUAUGCAUAUGAAAUAAAAGCAGAAUGUAAAAUA